AUGGCCUCGCCCAGCAUCAACGCGGAUCGACAGGAUGGGCCAUAUGUGCUGCAGCCGUGGGUAGAUUCGGUGCCCCUGUCUGCAGAUGGCUCUGAGGAAGAUGUCAAGAUCAACUGCGUCGAGUAUUUCGACGGCAAUCUUUACGUUGGAACUUCUGCCUCAGAGCUUCUCCAUUUCUUCAGCAUCCCGCCUGAUCCCUCCGAUACCUCCGGGCGCCCGGUUUUCAUCCCGGCCUCCAGGCUCUCGCCUGCAUUCGCCGAGAACACCACUUCACGACCUGGUGUACAGCAGAUCCUCCUAUUACCUCGAGUUGGCAAGGCGUGUAUAUUGUGCAACGGAACAGUCACUUUCUAUUCUCUCCCAGAGCUGAGCCCCGUAUUUGGCGCAAAGCAAGUCAAGAACUGUGGCUGGAUAGGUGGUAUCGACUUGAAUGAGGCGGGACAGGGCGAUGGCGUCACAAACACUGGCGAGACUGUCGCAAUCCUUCUGUCGCUUAAUAGAAAAAUUCAGGUGGUCAAAAUCGAUGAGGUCGUACGCGCCGUCAAGAACAUCGAUUUCCUCGGCAGCACCCUCUCUGUCCGGCGUGACUCCAUUGCCUGCGUGGCAGAUUCAAAGACCUACGCCCUCAUCGAUGUCAAUCGCCAAUUAAAGAUUCCUCUCAUGAAUAUCUCGUCAUUGGAAGAGGACUCUUCUUCUGCAGAAUUCGGACACAUUCAAAACAUUGGCAAAGACACAGGCAGCAGCAUUGCUCGAAGUGCCUCUUCAAACCAGAACCGGCCGCAAAGCACUUCGCAAGGCCAUAACCGAAGUGCCAGCCUAGGAACUACCGCUACCAGAGUGGACUCACCGAAACCCGAGUCGCAAGCAGCAAGCCCGCGUCUCCCUGCCUCUCAAACGCUAUCUCCCCCCGGGCAGCCAUCGAGCCCUCGGCCCCCAGAAGAGCAGAGCUCGACACCGCCGCCCGUUGAUAAACCCCUACCUGCACCUCCUCCAUCCUCCAGUCCGGCUCCACGGCCUGUGACAGCUUUACUGAAGCCACACAUUGCUUCGCCGACUCCAGAAGAGUUCUUGCUUGUUAUGGGCACCAGUCCGUCAGAUCCUGGCGUUGGCAUGUUUAUAAACCUUGACGGCGAUCCUACACGACCAACAAUCACGUUUGACAUUUAUCCUGAACAAGUCGUGGUUGACAGCAAUUCAACAGAUGAUGCCGCCUCAACAGAAGAGGAGGAUGGUUAUGUCUUUGCCGCCAUGACAAAGGAUAUCAAUGGCGCUUCUCACAGCGGCGUAGAAAUUCAACGCUGGAGUGCUGGCAAUGAAGCGCACCCCGAAAAACAGUGGUUAGAAGCCCGUGAUGCAGAACUUUCCGGGCCAUACGGCAUUCGUGCCGUCGUCAGCAGUCAGGAAACUCAGUCCAAUGAUGUUAUCGAGAAACUAAGCAUGCGAAAAUUCAUACCCUUUCCAAGCUCGGCUGAAUUAUCCCCCCCAACAGCAUCUGCCCUCAAGCCCUCAGGCUCUCGAGCUGAUCUCUCAAUAGAGCAGCUGUCAAAGGAGCGAGAGCUUUUUGAACGCGAUCUCGACUCACAGGAUGGAGAGCCGCUUCCAGAGGGGUGGGAGGCCUCACGAACGGCAGAAGGAGAAGAGUUUGCUCGCCGGCUGUCGAAAUCCAAAACUCGCGUCGCUGUAUGGCGUGGCAACCGCAUUUGGUGGGCCGCACGAAACCCCCUGAUAGUACAACUCGACAAGAGGUUAGAGGCUGCCCGGUUAGCAGGACAAAACGACACGAAAGAAAUUGAUAAGCGUGCAAUCAUUAUGGUUUUAUCAAUCAUUCGAGACCGUGACCCAAGCACAGAGCUUGAGUUCACCACAUUUGGCUAUAUACAACAAAAGGCUGGAGUGAUUCUGCUGAUCAACCUCCUCCUUUCUACGCCAGACAGAGAAUUCUCUGAUGAGGAGCUAAACGCUCUACAGGAGGUUCUUGUGGAAAGCAAACUUGACCCACGAGUUGUCUUGUCUCUGAUUCCAGGAGUAAGAAAUGAAAUCAUAGAGGGCCGUCGAGGCAUUUGGAUAUAUGGCGGCGUAAAGGAGUUGCCGGAAGCGUUUCUAGCAAGUCCAGCAUUCCAAACGCUAUAUCAAGGAGGCAUAAGGAGUCUUCAGCUCAAGACUCUGCAUUUCCUCAGACGCUAUCUGCAGGCUUGGAGAAAGAUGAAGGGCUUCGGGAGUGUGUCAGUCGAGGCCGAAGUGUUCCGAACUGUAGAUGCAGCAUUGCUACUCGUCCUACUGGAGCUUGAUAGGCACUCUCCCAAGGGCCUGGGAAAGGGAGGCGCUGUCAGGGCGGAGCUAGGUGCGCUGAUAGACGGCGGCAUGGAUUGUUUCGACCGGGCCGUUAGUCUCUUGGAGUCUUACCACAGGUUCUUUGCCCUAAGUAGACUAUACCAAAGCCGCAAGAUGUCUGCUGAGGUGCUGGCCACUUGGAAGCGCGUCCUUGAAGGAGAAGAAGACGACGCUCAAGAGCUGACGGACGGUGAACAGAGGGUACGAGAUUAUCUUACCAAGAUCAGCAACCAAGCGCUUGUACAAGAAUAUGGUCUGUGGCUGGCCAAUAGAAACCCUAAACUCGGUGUGCAAGUCUUUGCGGAAGACAAAGGCAAAUCGCCCAAGUUUGAGCCCACCAAAGCCGUAGAGCUGUUGCGUGCGGAGGCUCCCGGUGCAGUCAAAUACUAUCUGGAACACCUCGUGUUCGACAAAGGCUACGAAACCUACGUCAAUGAGCUCAUCUCGUACUACUUGCAGAUCGUCAUUGACGACCUUCAAUCGCCUGCGAGCCGGGAUCGCGUCUUAGCCGCGUAUUCUGCCUAUAAAGCUCUACAGAGCCCCAAGCCAACGUACAGGCACUUCUUGACGGAAAAUGCUCCCGAGGAUGAUGAGGUCUGGCAAAGUCGCCUUCGGCUUCUUCAACUCCUGGGCGGGCCUCAUGAGUACGAUAUUGCCGCCAUCAGGGAGCGCACAGACAAUUUAUCGGACGAUUUACUCGUUCCUGAAACCAUCAUCAUUGCCGGCCGAGAGCGCAAACACGAAGAUGCUUUACGUCUCCUGGUUCAUAAACUCGGCGACUAUGAUACCGCCGUCUCCUACUGCCUCCGCGGCGGCGCGACCAUAUACUCCCCCAUCCAAGGCCGCCGCGACAGCAUCCCUGAAGUAGAGCAGCAACGCCGCCUCUUCCAAGUCGUUCUCAGGGAAUUUCUAGCCAUUGACGAUGUCAGCGACCGAGUCCAGCAAACGAGCGCUCUGCUCGACCGCUUCAGCGGAUGGUUCGAUAUUGACGACGUGCUGGCCCUCAUCCCAGACCGAUGGUCAGUUGACAUUAUCGCAGGAUUCCUCAUCGGGGCUCUGCGACGGCUGGUGCAGGAGAAGAAAGAGGCUAUUAUGACUAGGGCUCUAAGCGGCACGGAGAAUUUAAGAGUAAACUAUGAUUUUGUUGUCAAGAUGGAGGAAAAGGGGCCGACGAUUCAAGAGGAGGCUUUGGGCCAGGAGGCGUCGGAGCAGGAGUAG